AUGGAAAUCCGCCUUCUUCUCAAAGCCCUUGGCUUCAUCCUUUUGGUGGUUAUCGGAAUACCUGGUAAUGUUUUCAUUCUUCUGAAAUUUGCUUACAUCAAAAUAAUAGAGAGGAAGCUUUUGCCAGCUAAUGUCAUACUGAUGGUCCUGGCAUCAUCAAACGUUCUUGUUAUUUUCUCCCGUGUUAUUCCCCAGGCUCUGGAUGCCAUAGGAGUAGAGAAUUUACUUGAUGACACUGAAUGUAAACUUGUCCUGUUCACCUAUAGAGUAAGUCGGGCAAUGUCCAUCUGUAUUACUAGUUACCUUAGUUGUCAUCAGUGUGUUCUUAUUGCUCCAGUAACAAGGAAUUGGAUAUACAUUAAAGAAAAGUUAACUCGGAGUGUUUCAUUUAUUAUUACUCUAAUCUUGUGCAUGAACCUAAGUCUCUAUACUUCAGCUCUUUUGUAUGGAAAAGCCAGAAUGAACUCUACCACCUCACCUUAUGUAUUGCGUCUAGUAUACUGUAAUGCUGAUUUUCUGACCUACAUUUCUUUCCUGAUCAAUGGACUGGUAUCUGUAGUUCGCGAAAUCAUAUUCCUGGUUCUGAUGACCGUAUCAAGCAGUUACAUGAUCUUCAUCUUACAUCGCCAUGGUAAAUCCAUGAAAGGCAUGCGUAGUUCUGACAAGAGUCAAACCAAGACAAUAGAAUACAAGGCCUCAAGGGCUGUAUUAUUACUUGUUGCUCUGUAUGUGCUAUUGUAUGGCAUGGACAAUUCCAUGUGGAUCUACACGUUAUCUCUGUCCAGUGUUAGCCCUGAAAUGAAUGAUACUCGGAUAUUUCUUGCUGCAUCCUACUCUGCUUUGAGUCCUAUGGUUAUAAUUGCAACCAAUCCUAAAUUACAUCAGAGAAGUCCGUGGAAGAAAAAACUGAUUCAAAUUGAAAAAAGACAUUUUGUAAAUAGUGUGAGCCAAGAUAUUUCAGACUACACAUCUGGAUAA